AUGAAGUGUGCGGUGGUGCUGGCAGCUUUGGUGGCGUGCGCGGGAUCGGUGGACGCCGCAGCCACGAGCUGUGCCCGCUCUCAGGAAUACUUCGCGAGGCACAAUGUGUCAGCUGAUGAUAAUGAUGGACCAGAGACGAGGGGAGAGGGGGAGGUGCGGGGUGAAUGGCGGCGGGUAGGCUUUGUUGCUCGCACUGGCAUUCCUCUCCUGGGAACCGGGAACAGCCCCCCCCCCCUCCCCGUCAUAGCCUGCUCCCUUCACCCCUGCACGCAUUCCUGCCCUCUCUCACUUUCAUUGUUCCUGUCGGCGCGGGAGGUCGCCGCUCCGCGUACAAAUAAUGGAACCAGUCGU